CCUACCGGGUCACAUGGCUCGCGGGACAACAUGGCUGCGCCCUCGCUGGGGCGGGCUGGUGGACGCUGUGCCUGGGUCGGCUUCGUCCUCUUGCUCCCGCUGCUCUCGCUGGCCGGCCGGGCGGCGGGGGGCGAAGAGGUCGAGGCCGACGCGGGCGCGGCGUCCCUCGCGGGCUCGUGCGGCUGCGGCGCUCCUCAGCGGUCCGGCGCCCACGGCAGCUCUGCGGCCGCGCAUCGAUAUUCGCGGGAGGCGAACGCUCCGGGCCGGGGCCCCAGAGAGCGGCCGCUCGAGCCCACCAAGAUGGUGCCCAUCCCUGCUGGUGUGUUUACAAUGGGCACAGAUGACCCUCAGAUAAAGCAGGAUGGCGAAGCCCCUGCGAGGAGAGUAGCUGUUGAUGCCUUUUACAUGGAUGCCUAUGAAGUCAGUAAUGCUGAAUUUGAGAAGUUUGUGAACUCAACUGGCUAUUUGACAGAGGCCGAGAAGUUUGGUGACUCCUUUGUCUUUGAAGGCAUGUUGAGUGAGCAGGUGAAGUCUGAUAUCCAACAGGCAGUUGCAGCUGCUCCCUGGUGGUUACCUGUUAAAGGCGCUAACUGGAGACACCCAGAAGGGCCCGACUCUACCGUUCUGCACAGGCCCAAUCACCCGGUUCUCCACGUCUCCUGGAAUGAUGCCGUUGCCUUCUGCACAUGGGCGGGAAAGCGGUUGCCCACGGAAGCUGAGUGGGAAUACAGCUGUCGAGGAGGCCUGCAGAAUAGGCUUUUCCCCUGGGGCAACAAACUGCAGCCGAAAGGCCAACAUUAUGCCAACAUCUGGCAGGGCGAGUUUCCUGUGACCAACACUGGAGAGGAUGGCUUCCGAGGAACUGCGCCUGUUGAUGCCUUUCCUCCCAAUGGUUAUGGCUUAUACAACAUAGUAGGGAAUGCGUGGGAAUGGACUUCAGACUGGUGGACCAUUCACCAUUCUGCUGAAAAAACGCUUAACCCAGUACCGUUUUGGAAGCUGAAAGACGUGUUAGGAGGCUGUUGUAGUAGUGCAGAAAGGCCCACCAUCAGGGAAAGACCGGGUGAAGAAAGGUGGAUCCUACAUGUGCCAUAAGUCCUACUGCUAUAGGUAUCGCUGCGCUGCUCGAAGCCAGAAUACACCUGACAGCUCUGCUUCCAAUCUGGGAUUCCGCUGUGCCGCUGACCGCCUGCCCACCGUGGGCUAAGAGGCGUGAAGAGCCUGUACGAAUCCAAGAAGAAGUGGUGUCUAACCUGUACUCAGCUUCCCUCAGAACACUGAGCAACCUCACGUGAGGAAUUCCCACCACACGGUGGGUUACGUACCUGCCCGAUGGCCAAAGGAACUGUCAUGCGAGACCAAAUCUCUGACCUGCGUCAGCAUAAUGCGCUUUAUUGUGUGGUGCAUUUCUGGGGAUCAUUGCCAUGUGUUACUUUCGGGAGUCUUUUAAAGAGGAAGGGGGUGGAGGGAACCCUGAGGUGGGCUUCAGGAGGCCUGUGUCCUUCCCAGACUCUGCCAUUAGGGUUAGACUCUGGGGUCCCAUGCUUGACUUUCCUGGGCCUCCGUGACCUCAUCUAUCAGUGAAAAAAUGCACAACAUGAUCUCUGAGGUUCUCUCCAACUCAAAAAUUCUAUGAGUAUAUCAGAUUCUAUUGUGAUUUCAUAGUAAGAAUUUAUGGCAGAUUAUUUUUUAGCUAUUUUUUUCCAUAUGUGAACCUCGGGUGAUACUAAUCAUGUAAAAUAAGAGUCCUCUUACAUAUUAUGUUCAGGAAAGGAUAGGGGUGAUGGUGGUGAUGAGUCUUUAUGUUCACACUGCACUUUGCUUUUUCAAGGAAAUCAGUGUCUUUCACAAUGUUAAGAUGAAUCCCCCGUGGGCCAGCGAUGGCAUGCUCAAGUUCAGCAAUUUGAACAUGCAGGACUGUCUGUGGGGUGACUCUACUGUGCUUUACCUUUAACAUUAAGUGCCUUUGGUUCAGGGGGACAGUUAUAAACCCUAUUUCCCCCUCUCCCCAAAGCCUUCAGUGAAUGUGAAAUAUGUGCUACGCAGAGAAACUUCUUUAAUUCUAGAUGUAGGAGAAAAGGAACAAGAGCCUUGAAUUAACUGUAUUCAGGGUAUCUGGUAUUUUGUAAUAGGGAAGUAGGGAAUCUAGUUGGCUGUGGAAUAUCAGAUGCUUUGAAUCAUGCACUAUGUCGAAUAAACUGGUAUCUGCUAAAUCAGA